CAGUCGAUGAACAAGAUCUGCUUAUUGGGAAUUAUCAUUGUAUCUGUUUGUCUGUUGUUUGGCAGUAUUAUACUCGCAUAUGGUCUGGCAGCCCAGUUCUGACAGGCUCAGGAGGAGCUUGGAGAGGGGGAGAGAGAAAGGAGAGAGAGAAGAGAGGGGAGUGAGAGAGAAUUAACCAACAGAAGAAGAAAGUGGCUGUACAGUAUGUAAGUGAGGGAGUGUGGGGGCAGUCUGCCAGAGAGUGAUAACCCCAGCUUAACUCUCAGCCUACAUUACCUGCACUUGUACACACUCAUUAGUCCACACGCAUGCGCACACACUCAGACAUGAUGGACUGUAGUCUGAGCAGAGCAAAGUGACUUCCAAAGAUCUGAUAGCAGCCACAAACUAUUGACGAGAUACUUUCUCAGCUCUCUGUAGCAGAGUCAGUAUGGAGGAGGCUGAACUAUUACGGGAGAGACUACAGGCCAUCACAGAGAAAAGAAGAAUACAAGAGGACAUUGCAAAGAAAAGGAGAACGAUUGAGGAAGAGAAAUUAAAACUUCAGUAUCUAAAGAAAAAAGCCCUGCGGGAACAGUGGCUCAUGGAUGGCCUGAGCAGUCAGAAUGAGCAGGAGGAAGAAGCCAUGAGGGCACAGGCUCAAGAAGAGCAGCAGCAGGCCCUGCUCUUGCAACAACAAAUCUACAGAAUAGAGAAUGAGAUUGAGGAUCUUGAAACAGAGGAGAUGAAUAUCUCCACAAAUGAAGAGCUCAUUUUAAAGCGGCUGAAGGAGGUGGAGAGGACAGCUGAGGACAUUAUAAAGGGAGCUGCAAGUGGGAAUCCAGAAUCUGGUGGCACAGACGUGAAUGAAGGUUUCUUCCCCAUUGAGAAUCAGACACAAACAGAACUUAAGACCCUCUUCAAGACAGUCACCAUGGAGACAAGUGAGCAAUCCAACACAGGAAACAUACCAGACUAUGAGAUGGAAGUCCAGGAGAUCGAAUUAAUUGAGAACAAGGACACAACUGCUGAAGAUGAACAGAUUUGCAAUGAUGAUGUUCUAUUUGAAUCCCUGAGUGCCAAAGUAGCUGAUGCCAUUUUAGCAGACUUGCCUCCCACAGUGACAAAUGGUGAUGAAUUUGAAGAUGUGCCUGCCGCUAAAGAAGCUUUAGUAUUGGAUGACACAAAUGGUGAGCUUAAUCGCAAUGAAUCUAUUACCUCGUCUGUGUCUGAUACACCAUCUAGUGCUGAGAGUAUGUAUGAGAAUGAGGCCAUGCAAAAAAGGCAGGAUUCCUUGAAAGAGGAAGUGUUGAAAAAUAUUGUGCCUGUAAUAGAGGAUGCUGAAGAUGUAGAUAUACUAGACCCAUUAAAAGCAGAAUUCCAUGAGGAUAUGUUAGAUGGCUUAGGCUGUGAGGUAGAUGAAUCCAUGUUGGAAUCAUUCAUCCGAGAGGAAGUUAUGUCAGACAUCUCAAAUGAGUCUGGUCAAAAUCCUGAAGACCUGGAGGAAUGUCUAUUGGUAGAAAUUGCUGCAGCAUCAUCUGACAGUGAGACUGAUGAGAAAUGGAGAACGAUAUUUUCUUCCUCCAUUAAUAAGGAGGAUGAUGACUCCUAUCUUGACAGCCUUCAGCUAAGUGCACAAGAACUCUUCAUUCAAAAGCCUGAAGUGAAAACUGGUGAAAACCAAUCAGAUGCACAGAAAGAGCCUGAACAGGAUGUGCCUGUGGAGGAUUCUGUGCUGGAGCAACCUGCAAGUACUCCAACUUAUGUGCAGCCUACACAAGAGAUCUCUUAUAAUCUCUCAACGCUAUUCCAUGGCUUGUCCAAAAUAUCUGAGGAUGAAGAGGAGCUUGGAAAGGGUUCUGCAAACCAUAAAGACUUUUCACCUACUUGUGUCAAGUCAGACUCAGACAAGAAAAUGCCAAAAGAUUACUGUGUGAUUCAAGAGAUGAAGAGUGAAAAUGUCAGUACAGAGCAUGUGGAUUUCAGAGUUGCCCGCAAACAGUGGCUGCAGAUGGAGGAGCAAACAAAGAACCUCACACACCAGCCAGUUAUCAGGGCUGGGACCUGCCAGGGCAAUCACAACUUUAUGUACACACCAGUGCGCAACAUUGACAGGCAGAAGAAGGAUGCUGAAUUAGAGAAUUUGGCACUUGGCAGAGACUACCAACAUACCCAGUUUAGCCCCUGCUCAGAAGAUUCAGGAGUAGAUGACUCUAGUUUCAGGUCACCUUUUGAUGACCCAGAGACCCCAGUAGAAAAAGAAAUUCGCUCUGCCAUGGAGAAAGAGGAAAUCCAGAGACGUGAAAGAGGAAUGUCCAAAUCAUACUCAAGUGACUCUGUGCCAGGAAAGGGAAAACCAGUCAUCUUGAACCCUGGGAAAUUAUGUCAAGACGUUGACGAGAAGAGAAAGAUGCUUGAGCAUCAGGAAGACGACUGCAGAUUAUCCCCCAGCACCCAGAUGCCAUCGUUCAUCAUAACAUCCUCCCCAACAAGAUCACAGAAGCAUGAAAUGGCAGCGAACAACGUCAUUAUCCUCGAACCUGAAUCUUGCCAUCAAAGCCCACAUCAUGCUGGAAAGUUGGUGACAUCUAAAUCUGCUGAUUGGAGGUCAGAGGAAAACCCCAGCGUAAUUAUACUGGAAACAUCAAACCUAAUUAUUCGAAGUGCAUCAGAGUUAAACCUGACCUCUGUCUCUGUGGUACCUGAAGAGAAAACCUUUCUUAACAACCCAUUUUUCAAGCUGCGCUCCCGGAGCACCCUCUCUUUGGUUGAUGAAGAGAUUAAGAUGGUAAAACAACGAGAGGAAGAACUGAAAAAAGAAAGAGCAACUAUUUACUCUAAAGAUAAUUUCCUGGCUUCUCCCAAUCUCCUGGAUAGCCCAUAUGACAAACAAGAUGAUAUCCCAAUCAAAUGUAAAUCAUCCCCUUCAUCCCCUAUGAAGACGUGUAAGAUGGAUCGGUCAACCUUAUCCUGUGAUCACAGAUUUCCUGAGGCCUAUUCUGGCGGUCGCCGUAAAAGUGCCAUGGCCCUGCGGUGGGAGGCAGGAGAGUUUGCAAACCAGUAGAGAGGAACAGGCUAGAUAUCAAUCAGUAAUUAUCCUUGUUCUUUGUAAGAAACUUCAAGCAGUGCUACAGACUGACACUGAUUUCAUCAUAAGCACAUGCCGUUGCUUGUGUGAUAUUUGCAGCUUUUCAUUUAUGUCCUCUCAUAGGCAGGAGAUCUGAGGGCUGUCCAAGAUGCCUGAAUGUUAGCAGAAUCUAUUAAUUGUUCAGUCUUGUCAUAAAUGUCCAGAAAGAUUUGAAUCAUAUUUUAUUGUAAUGUCUUAGUACAGAGUUCAGGAAAAUGUGUCCUGUAUUUUCAUACUGUAUUUUCUUGUGGGCAAGUAAGUAGAUUUAUCCCUAUACUACACUAAAAUACAUGAAACUACAGAGAUUACUCGGGCUAUUUCCGCCUUCAUUCUGCACUGCAACGAAGCCAACCUAAGAGAUUUCAUUAGGGCACUGACUUCUGCCACCUUUUUAACUGAAAGUUAGUAUUUGGUCCAAUACAGGUACUCCACAUAUGGAUAUUGCCUUUUUACGACAAGAUCUUUAUCUUUUAAUAUAGUUAUUAUAUAGAUUGAAAAUGAGGGACAGUCCCUUGGAUAGUAAACACUGACAUUUAAAUGCUUUACUGUGUAAAUGGAGAAUCUUAAUGUAAUGCUUUCCUAUUUGUCUAAAAACAUAUUUGUAUGCUCAUGUGACUCUGUUUAGGUCUAUAAGUAUUAUGGCUAUAAGUAUUGCUUGUAUUCAUGUAUGCCAUCAUCAAGUACACAUAUGCAUUGCUUUCUAUCUGAGAAAAGGAUGAAAAAAAACAACACUUGAGUUGUUGAAAUUUAAAUGAGCAUUGAAACAAUAAAUAUAUAUGAGCAUUGAAACAAUAAAAAUAAACAAGAAAGAAAAUGACUUUUCUCUUACAUGGAUACCAUUUUUAUAAGGUAAUGAAAUAAAAGAUCUGACUAAUAACCUUAAUUAUAAUGUGAAGUCAGCCUGCCAAUACAGUCAUAUUAAUGAAAUAACAUGUCUAACUGAUAGCUGUCAGAGAAGAGCUUAAGGAAUUAGCAGAGCAGUAAACAAGACAUUCAUCACAGCCAAAGCCAUUAGGCAA